GUGUGACCCAUCCAGCUUUCCAUGCUCUUUCUUCAAUAAACAACGUCCUUCUUUAAUGAAGUGGUUGAGCAAUGAAGAGACCGACGAACCGGAUCACUCUGAACCCUGUGAAGCAGUAGAGUCUUCAUUCGAUCCACAGAAUUCAGAGUAUCACCCGUCCGCUGCACACCCUGUCCAAGCGACCCCAAACGAUCGACAAACCGCUCAGCAAGAACUACACACCCAACCGACCGAGAACACCGAGAAAACCGAACAGUUCGAGACAGACCAAGAGACUAAAGUUAUAACAGCAAUAACGCUAAAGGACAGUGAGGAACUCACUGACGGUGUCGCAGCUGGGGAGUCGGCGACCGCUGGUCCUUCCACGGCUGCACCAAUACCAAGAGAGACUGUUCAACUGGUCGACAGUGCGCAAAUGGCAGAACGUAUUGAUGUCAAUACUCUCUCCAGUCCCAAACCAGUGUCCCCCGAAACAAGCUCCACACCUGCAUCGACUUCGACGGAUGCCGAACUCAAGUCCACCUCAGAAACACUCAUAAGGAAAUUACUGCAAUUUUCGUCUCCUCGAUUGGAUAUCAAAAUUGUAGGCGUUCUGCUACUCGAAGGAAUGAUGGAUAUUUUCAUGUCACAUAUCACUCGGUUGGACGAGGAAAAUACAAUGACUCGUGAACAAUUUCAAUCAAGUUCAUUCCAAGACAAAUUGCGUUAUGCCAGACAUGAACGAGAGACAAAGGAUUUGAAAGCAAUGAAACGCUCCUAUCAUGGUAUGGAGUUGCUGUGUGGUUCGUCGUCGAACCACCAUUGGAUCCAAGAAUCUCGAUUUGACGUGAUCGCCAAUCACCUAUUCGACGCCUUUCUACCUUCCUCCAAUGCCAACUUGAAUCAUUUCAGCAAAAUUUUCCAGCAUUUGCUGCAUCGCCAUCCAUGCGACAUGCUCGAGUUUGUCAUCUUUAAAAACGACGCCAUUCGAUUUUUUGAUUAUAUGUUGCCCUACGUUACGCAAACCACGAUUGUCGAUGCCAUGUUAAGUUUGCUGUUUAUACGAAGCAAUAAUUCAGAGACGCGCAAGAAACGUGAAGCGAGCCAUCAACGAUUGCAGCAGAUCGGUUUCAUGGGCCGAUUACUCGACGCACUGAAAUUAUCAGAUGAUCCUCUUUUUACGGAAUCUCUGCAGGAAUUCCUUUUAAGAUGCAUAGAAGAGUGUUCUUUGAUGGAUAAUGGCGAUGUAUUAUUUGCUUGUUUCGACACCCAUCGUGGCCCCGAUCUCGUAAAGUGCAUGGUCGAUCUGGUGGUAAAACAAAAGCCCACCAAGGAACGAGAACUCACAGUUUCCGUGAUCAAGGCUUUUGUGAAAAGCGGCACGUUGACCACACGAUCGUCAACGAUGGGUCAGUCAGUGCAAGGACCGUUGUAUGAGAUUGCUUUGGUAUUCCAAGAGCUGUUAUCUCCAAAUAUUCCCGACUUUUGUAGCUUGUUGAUCAAUGAUCGACAAUCUGUUUCAACCAAAGGAUGUCCGCUUACUUUGGCUGAUAUGGAGCUGCUGGAAAUUGUUUAUCAAACCUUGUCCAAUGCUCCAGAUCAGGUUGCGGUGUUGAAUGAUAUCCCAACUGGUUUCUGGAAAAUAUUGGUCAAUUCAUUCUUCGAAAAAUCUACCAGCAAUAUUUAUCACACGUUAUUUUACCGCUUCUUUUACCUUCUAAUCACCAUUGACCACGCGCCGACGUUGCAGCUACUGAUACAAAAGCAAAAACUGAUCAAACGCAUGAUUGACACAUACGAAGACAAAUCUACCGUCACAGACGCACGUGGAUUUAUUCUCCUGAUGUUAAACCAUCUGAGGUUGAAGAUCGAUGCAGACCGUCAAUCGACAAUUCAUCGAUUUGUUGCAUCCCACCGGCGAUUCAUUACAUUCACGAGUACGCUGAGGAUGGAUACCCUUGCUCAGACCUGUGAUAUAUAUAAAUGGAACAUUGCAUCUUGUCCUCGUCCACCACCCUAUGUAGGACCCAGUCCCCCAAUUCGAUCUGCCGUUUUCUCCCCGUAUUCUGCCACUUUACCAUUGAUGGGUGAAAGUACAGAAAAUCAAGGAGCCAAUGACAAUACGAGCACAAAUGGCAUUGACCUCGGAAGUGAUUAUGCAUACUGCCUUGGAUUUGACGAAACGUCUAAAGGCACAGGAACCGAAACACCCGUGUAUCAAUCGCGAAGGAAUUCAUUAACGAAUGGAUAUGAAUCGUCCCGGCCUUCGUCUCCCAGUUCUGUUUCUUCCAAUGAGUUCCCCGCCGAUCUUAUGUGGGGAGAAAGUCUGACAGCCGAUCCACCGAAAAUCAAAAAGAAGAAGAAAAAAAAGAAGAAAACGUCCAACUCUUCCAUAGAAAUAGACGCGUGAUGAAAAAAAAAGGAAACAAUGCAGCUUGUUUAUGUAUAGUACUCUCGACAAUUGUAAAAAAUUUUCUGGUUUUUGAAG